AAGUAAUAUGGUCAGAGAACACAACGCCCUAGGAUUUUUGCAGUCCAUACAAGAACUGACAAGACAGAAUCUUUCAUCAAUGCCUAACCGCCUGAAGCGUUUGAACGACUUCUUACGCAUACUGAGAACGUUUCUUCUUCCCGGAGCACCACGCAAUAUUGCCAUGCCACUGGACUUGGUUGAGGAGGUCAAAAGCGAAGUGCGGGUUAAGCGGUAUCAGACGACAGAAAAAGUGUUCGCUCGACUGGCCCGGGCUUGUUUGGAGUUGCUGUUGCCAGCUUGGAUUGCGUUUUUGAAAUACGACGCAUUUGAAUACGCAAAGGCAUCACAUCGGCAUUAUGAUGCCUUCCCGCCUCCUCAAUCAAUGGAUGAAUUCGAUGUCAUUUUUGACAGAAGUGCAGUAGUUAUCAAACGCAGAUAUCCAGAGGUCCAGAAAAUGGCUUCCCAGAUUUCACCGUGGGCCGCACUUCCACCAGAAGAGCGGAGAGUUUACGCACGUAUCGCUUUAGAGAAACGGCGAUUCAUGGAAAAGGCAAGGAAGCUGGCUGUAAAGACGGCAAUCCGUCGACAGAAAGAGGAACAAAAAAAGAAACAGAAACCGAGAAGCAUUGGAAUUCGCCGGGUGCCACAGAUUCUGAUUAAAGAUGGGGCCGAUGAGGGAUCUGGAGCCCUUGAACAACCCGAAUAUGGCGUUAGAAGGGAGCCGCCUUCGAUUAAAAAAUUUCUCACAAACAAGAGUUUGUUGAAGAGCUUCCAGCUGUGGCUAGCUGACCAGCAAGGGUCUCGGGAACAGAAAAAGGAAGUAGAAAUGUACAAGCAGCUAAUUCGGCAACUUUCCUACGUCAUUGAGUCUUCUCGCUUUUUGGCCAUGUCCACUAGAAGAGUUACGACCGAGUACCUUGAUAGCAAAAGCCGCUUGGCGGAGGCAAUAUACCAAACGUACCUUCAGAAGGGCGCCAGCCAAAGAAUACCCGUGGCGAACAAGUAUGUAGUUAACAUGAGCAAAGAGAAAGGUCGGCCAAGCAGUGGAACAUUCAGAGGAAUUCGAGAAGAUCAGUUUCGGGACCUGGACCCACACUUUCUAGAAUUUUUAAAGUUUCUGGCGGAUAAAUUUGGAAUGACUCUUUUUGAACUUGCUGACUUGUCUGAGGAGGAUAUAAUCGAACUGUUGGAGGCACAGGAAGAUAAGACACUUAAAGGCGCGACAGGCCACGUUUUUUGCCGCGCACAUCCAACUGCGGAGGACCUCGCUGCUUUCGAAGCCAUGUUGGCUUCUGUCGCAUUUAGGCCACUGACAUUUGAAGUCAUUUUGUUCUACCAAUUCUUGGUGAACAAUGCCUGUCGGCGAGGAGAGACGUUUGCAGAUCAAGAUUUUAUAUUUUGCAUUGAAGCCGUCCGAUAUCAGGAACUGUGCAGAGGCAAAAUAUGUAAUUCCGUACUGAAGAAGAAGGCGAACUGCAUCCUCCUGACUUUCGUGGAUACACCAUUCUUGACCAAGCUGCAGGUGGACUUACCACAUGCCUUUAGCAGCAUUUUGGUCCAACAAGUAAAGCGCGCCCUGGACGCAAAAACCUCCUUACCUCCGGAUAUUUAUGAAGAGGCAAAACAUAGACUUACUCAGGAGAUUUUGCCAUUUUGGGCUGGAUUUCGACGGAAUGUGCUUCUUCAAGGCAAGCCUAUGCUUGGAGCGCCUGGUACUGGCACUAAAGGUGUUGAAAACAUCUUCAGGAUUCCGCCGUUUUCCACAACAUCAGCCCAUCGCCAACAUUCUGGUGACCAAUAUCACACACGACUCGAGUACUCGCUUCCGGAUUUGCCUUCUGAGAAUCGUGCCAAUAUGAUAAAUUUUUCAGUCAAAAAUGGGGCGCAAUGGGGCUAUUUCGAGGAGUGGUGAAGGCGGGAAACUGGAGUACACCGAUUGAAGUUUAAGAGUGUCUCUCGCGGUCGACACAAUGCCAUAUUUUACACUUCGUUUUCUAAUGUUGCGCGUACGGACUUUAGGGUAGACAGGAAUUUUCUUCCCAAACCCAUUUUCUCCAAAGUAUCAAACUUUUACACAAAUAAGCAUGUUGAAAUGAAUAAAUGUAUGAC